GCACUUCCCUUUAAGAUGCGUCUGUCAUCUCUCCGUUAAUGGAAAGUCACUCCGGCUUUUUUUUUCUCUCUCUCUCUCUCCCUCCUGCGGGCUUGAAGUAGCAGAUCUGCUCCAGCUGGACCGAGGAAGGCAUUUCUUUUUAAUGUGGGCCGACUAAUACCCAGGAAGGAAGGGGAGAGGACGGGCUCCACCGAGGGAGACGGAAAUGAGAGGAAACCCUAUCCCUUUAAGAGCAAGUGGGACAUAUCGGUGCGAGAAAAGGAGAGGAGGGGGAGAAGAAAGAGGAAUUAAAAAAGAAAAGGAAGAAAGAGACAGGGAGGGAGGAGGGAGAGCGGGCGAUAAAAAAAGAAAGAUGACAUCCUCGCAGCUGAACGGCCGAGGUGGAGCGAUAGGCUGCGGCCCGGCGAGAGCGCCGCUCGCCGGGGUCAGGGCUUGAAUCCAACAACGAGGCUUCGACAAACACCCGAUUGGCCUAUUGGAGGAAAUCGGAAAAAUAGAUUCAUAAAUUAAAAACAAAGCAUGACCUGCUUAGCUACCAGAGACGUGUGUUAUAACCCAUAUUUGUUGUAGUGCGUUAAAAAAAAAAAAAAAAAAUUAAUCUCACGCAGAAUGGUUUAUGUUUAUUGCUACAAAAAAAAAAUAAUGUAAAUAGUUUAAAUGUUGUUUUUUUUUGGAGGUUUAUUUUGAAAGAAGCAGUUUUCUCUGUGUGACAUUGGCGUUUGAUUUAGUGAGAUUGCCGUUUUUGAUGAAUUUAAAGUUAGAAACCAAAGUGAAAGAGAAGCAGGCCUUUGCUCCACACACUGCCUGUGUGUGCGCUGCAGCCUGCGCUUAGUCAACAGCUGCGUGCAUUUUAUAAUGGACAGCAUUAGGCUACCUCAACGAGACAGAAAAACAUAUUUUUGCAGACGACUUUAAUCCCGUUUUUUUAAAAUAAUAAUAAAAAAAAGAGUAUCCAGAAGCCCGUCGUUUCUGCUGCAGGGACAGGCUGUCUGUUUGCGCCUCGAUCACCGCUGGGCCCCGAUCAAAACCAUGCAAAGGCUGCUCUGCCCGAUCUCAAUCAGGAGCUGACUUAAUAAUCUCCAUCGCUGUGGCGCAAAAUGGAUGCUGCUUGGAGCAAUUUUCUCUUCCAGAAUACUCCCACCCAAAACCAAGUGGAGGGGAGCCUCCAAUCAGAGCUCAUGCCCGUGCAUACGAGUUCUCCCCAAACCCCACCCACAGAGCACAUAGCACAGCCUCCUUCGACUGUGGACACUGCUGCCCUCAGUGAGGAACCCCUGCCCGUGAAGCCAGUGUCUCGGCCGGCCCGCGUGCCCCACAUCUGUGCCAUCUGCAACAAGCAGUUCAAGAACAACUACAACCUGCGGCGGCACCAGUCGGUCCACACUGGGCGGCCCUCAAAUCCCAACCCAAACCCGGUGAGGAAGAACCACGCCUGCGAGACGUGCGGGAAGGCUUUCCGCGACGUUUACCAUCUCAACCGCCAUCGACUGUCCCACUCGGACGAGAAGCCGUUCUCCUGUCCCAUCUGCCAGCAGCGCUUCAAGAGAAAGGACCGCAUGAGCCACCACGUGCGCUCCCACCAGGGUGGUGUGGAAAAACCCUACGUCUGCCCCCACUGUGGCAAGGCGUUCUCCAGGCCCGACCAUCUAAACAGUCACGUCAGACAGGUGCACUCCUCGGAGCGACCUUUCAAAUGUCCGACCUGUGAGUCCAGCUUUGCCACAAAGGAUCGUUUGCGUGCGCACAUGAUUCGCCAUGAGGAGAAGGUCCCCUGCCACAUCUGUGGCAAGCUCCUGUCUGCUGCUUACAUCACAGAUCAUAUGAGGGUGCACAACCAAUCACAGCACCACGCCUGCCAUCUCUGUAACCGCAGCUUCACCACACUGACAUACCUACGUGUCCAUGCCCAGAAGCACCAUGGUCAGGAGUGGAAAGAAAGUCCGGGUGGCUUCGGUGGCACAGCCUCAGGCGGCGUACUCGUCUGCCACUUGUGUGGCGUCCACUGCAAGACACCCACCCAGCUCCAAGGGCACAUGGGCACCCAUAGCAACAACCAAGGCGCUCCGAGCCCCAUCACCUCUAAUGUGGCUGCCAGCAGCUCUGUUUCCCUUAGCAACAUGGUGACAGCGCCUACUGUGUACGUCACCGGUAACACUGUGGUGGACCUGCUCGUCACAGACUGCUCUAGCAUUGCAGCGCCUCAAUCCCACAGUUAGCAGUAGAGAGCUCAGCAAUAAUAACCCCAGUCCCUUAACAGAGGGCAAGGUUAGAGAAGGUUAACGUGUAGAUGCUGAUCCAGUUCCACUUUUGUAAUGUCCCCACUUAUAGGUAAGGUUAGGAUUAAAGAGUGCAGAUUAACACCAGUCAGCGUUCAAGGGCAGUAUCACCUCAGAGCUGCAGAGCUGGAGCAUCACAGAGGAAGAGCUGUAUUAAUAUCGCAAUGAAGUCAUGGAAGGAGGGACCUUUGUGGAUGCAGCACGUUCAGCAACACUAACAACGAACGUGGACGUGUUUUGUCCGAAUAUUCCCGAAUGCGCUUGUGGAUUUUUAAGACUCCUAUGAAACUGUGGUAUUGUGAGCAUCUACUGUAUUACUCUCCCCUCUCUGCCCUCUCCCUCUGUCCCCCCCCCUCUCCCCCUCAACCCUAGCAUUGGCUGCUCUCUUGCAAGUGCACCAAGUACUGUAUAUCUCACACCAGCUCUGAUCUUACCUCCAUUUUGCAGCUCACUUACUAAGAAUCCAAAUGGCUUUGCGUUAAGAAGUAGGUGAGAGAAUAGCUCUCG